AAGAGAAUAUCUCCUGGCACAAAGAAGGACCAUAAACAAGAUGAGCAGCUGGCAUGGCGACAACCCUUUUGACUAUCUCCCUCCUCAGAGUCAGAGAUAUUGGCAGAGAAAUGAUUUGGGAAGCUUUAUCCAGGGCCCACCUAGUUCGUAUGCCCGAAACAGAAUGCAAACUGGUUUUCGUCAAUCUCAUCUUCUAGAAGAACCGAUGGACCGAUACAACAGGAACCGGAUGCAACCUGGGUUCCCUCACUCUCGUCCGCUAGAAGAGCCUACUGAUCAGUACAACAGGAGCAGAGUGCAACCUGGAUUUCCUCAAUCUUCUCCUCCAGAAGAGCCUGCUGAUCUGUACAACAGGAGCAGAGUUCUACAUGGGUUUCCUCACUCACGCUUGUCAGAAGAGGCUACUGAUUGGUACAACAGGAAUAGAAUACAACCAGGAUUUCUAUCUUCAGAAGAGCCUCCACCUCCAUCCUUCCAGAGCAGCCAGAAUCCUGGCUUUCAGCGUUCCAGGUUGCCGUCUAAUUCAAGGAGACUGAUAGGAGGAGCGCUUUUCGGAUUCACCACCGACACCACAUUGCCAACCCGAGUUACAGUUUACGAAGAAGUCGUGCGAGGAAAUGGUUUUGCAACUCAACCACAACCAGGCCGUUCUUCUAUUCCAAGGCACAUGCAGCACCAGCGCAACCGUCGUCAAUCCCCUGGAGACGAGUCCAAGUUAACCAUAGAUGAGCAGAACAAGGUGCUGUCCAAACUCAGGAAGGAGAAGUACAAUCCAGCCACCCCAAAGCAGAGGGAGGAGGAGGAGGAGGAGGAGGAGGGGAAGAGGUGUUCUGUUUGCCUGGAAGAUUUUGAGGCCAGGGAGGAGGUGACAGUCACCCCUUGCCGCCACAUGUUUCACGGCGAAUGCAUUGUCCCCUGGGUGACUAAGGAAGGGUCUUGCCCUGUUUGUCGGUCCGCGCUUCUUGAGAGGAAGAAGUCUAAUGUGGGCCCUCCGGCGGUUGAUCGGGAUUUGCUCGAGUUCGUGAGGGCACUUGCCUUAGACGAUGACGAUGAUGUUCCCUAUCAGAAUAUGAUACCUCUUUUCCUGCUGGGAAGAUGAUUGAAGCCUGGUGAUGAGAAGCUGAUCAUAAGAGUUUCACAGUUAAGAUUUAUGUUGUGUGAUACUAGUGAAAAAUAUAUGCUACUCUGCACGAGCUAAUAAUAAUAAGUGAAAUUUGUACUAAAUAGUACUAAAACAUGUGUUUUUCCCAAUGUAGUAUUUAAACUUUUUUAUUCCCUAAAUAGUACUUGAAUAAUGUCCAGUGGCGGGAAUAAUGUUUAGUGAUGGUG